AUGUAUCAUACUAUGUAUCCACCACAAAUAAUGGUGCAGAUAAUGGGUGGCCAACAGGCAAAUGGACAGUGUCCACCAGUUCAGUCACAUACAAUGCACAUUCAAGGUGCAAGUGCGUUCCAUCAGGCAGAAUAUGCAAAAUAUCGUACAGAUGCUUGUUCACAGAACAGACAUCAAAUGAUACAGACAGGAUCUUAUCCGUUGGAGCUAUUGCAAUUGAUGGGGGUUGAGGUACCAUCUUUACGACAUAUAGAGUAUAUGCAGUCAAAUAAUGGCACACAACCAGGACAUUGGCAAAGACGUGUGAAUACAUCAAAUAAUACAGCUAUUAUAGCUUCUCCACAUCUUGUUUUUAGACCAAAUAAUAAUGGCUUGGCAAGUAAAAAAUCAAACUGGUAUAAUAAAUUGAGUAAAAAGACUUCUUUUCGAGAUUCCUUCAUAAAUAAUGAAAAGUAUGGCAGUGAUAGUGGCUUUAGUUCACGAUCUCCAACACCAAAUAAACAUCACAUUGAUAGUAGUCAAACAGAGAGUUCAGAUGAACGAGAUUCUGUAAUUUCUUCAGUGGAACAAAGUAUGAAGAAAUUAUUUUGUUCCAGAAAAUCGCACAAGAUACAUCCAAAUAAUGUUACAAAUAACAGAAUAAUGCAAUAUGGUAUAAUUUCAAAUAGUUCUAUGCAUCAAUAUUUUCAGAAUCAAAGAUCUAUUAAUUGUUACCCCACGAACAUGUCAACAUCUAGGACUCAAGUACAAACUUAUCAGAAUAAAAGAAGGUAUCAUUCAGGAAGAAAUAGUCCACCUCCUCAAAGAUUACCAAGAAAUAAAAGAUAUAUGGGAUUGCUGUCACCUAAUUACCACACAUUUCCCAGAUAUGGUAUUGCGCCAGAUCGAUUCUUAGCUAGAUCACAUUUAGUUGAAGUAACUCAUACACCAGAUGAUUUAUUUAAUGGAUCGAUUUGGGAUAGACUUUCAAAAGAAAUUUGGUCAAAGUUUAUGUUAAAUCAGCAGACUGAGACUGUUUAUAGAAACAAGAUGAUGCUGUGGAGAUAUCUUUAUGUUUAUAUUAAGACUGCAUUUCCAAAAUAUGGGUUAUUUUUGGUAGGCUCUACAAUGAAUGGUUUUGGAUCAGAUAAUAGUGAUGUUGACAUGUGUCUUUUAGUGAGGCAUACAGAAAUGGAUCAGAGGAAUGAAGCUAUUGGACAUUUAGAACAAAUAUUAAAAUGCCUUAAAAGAUGUGAUUUUAUAGAACAAUUAGAACUUAUACAAGCGAAAGUACCAAUUCUGAAGUUCCAUGAUUCAAUACAAAAUUUAGAAGUUGAUUUAAAUUGUAAUAAUGCUGUUGGUAUUCGGAAUACUCAUCUUCUUUAUUGUUAUUCACGAAUUGAUUGGAGAGUGAGACCAUUGGUACUUGUGGUUAAACUUUGGGCACAAUCUCAGGAUAUUAAUGAUGCCAAAAACAUGACAAUAUCCAGUUAUUCCUUAGUUCUUAUGGUCAUUCAUUUUUUGCAAUGUGGUGUUAAUCCACCGGUUUUACCUUGUUUACAUUCCCUUUACGAGGGUAAAUUCACACCACACACAGACAUCCAUUGCAUAGAUAUUCAAGAAGAAUUAGACAUUCCAGUUUCCAUACUUCGACCUAAGAAUCGACAAUCGUUAGGGGAAUUGUUCAUCGAAUUUUUUCGAUAUUAUGUCAUGUUCGAUUUCAAUCAAUAUGCGAUAUCAAUUCGUUUAGCUAACAAAAUACCAAUAGAAGACUGUCGAAGAGCUCGAUCGUAUAAAAAUGACCCUCAUCAAUGGAAGUAUUUGUGUAUUGAAGAACCAUUCGAUCUAACUAACACUGCUAGAUCAGUUUACGAUCCAGAUGUUUUUGCGAGGAUCAAACAUAUAUUCGAUUGUACAUACCAAAACUUAAAGGAACACCAUGACCUAGCCAGGAUAUUCAUCAAGGUGGAUUCUGUUUCACCGUAUAUUGUGACAUAA